CUGCCAUUUGCUUUAUUCUGUCAUUCUUUUGAUGUUAUUGAAUAAAUGUUUUUGUUUUAAUUAUUGCAGCCAGAUUUAUUGAUCAUUAUAGGUUGCUGGUGUUUUUCUUUAGGAUAUAUUAUUAUUUUCCACGGGAUUCUAAGUUAAAAUGUACCUUGAAUCAUAUAAAAUUCAGUUAUGAUGCAGAGGGACCAAAUUAAUUUUACUGCAAACUCUUAGUAAAAUUAUCUUUAUGAUAAAGUUGUAAAAUGAAUACAGUAUGUCUUAUUUGAGUGCUUCAGAAAAUGUUGGUUUCAGUGGUAUUCCACAAAAUAUAUCAGAUGCUAGCUGCGCAACGCAGUAUAAGAUGGCAGUUGAGGGUGUGGCGGGAAGCUGCAGCGGUGACGUAAAUAUGUACAUACAAGAUAGUUCUGGAGAUGAACAGUCAUACAUUACACAUCUCAAUGAUAAUUUCUUCCAUACCAAAUUUAAAAUUGAUCCCAACGAGUUAUAUACAUUUCAUGAUUCAGAUGUUAUUGCUAGUGAGAUAACAGUUAGCCACACUGAAGACGCUUUUGUAUUUUCUGAAAAUGUAGAUGCUAAGGGUAAAAUGUUGGAUAGUCCUAGUAAAGACAUAGAUCUUGUUGGAACACUGGCGAAUGGAGAAAUCAAAGAGGAAAUAAAGUUGGAAAUUCCUAAUGGUCAUUAUACAUCAUUAGCAAUGAGCUCCGAUUCACUGUCAAAUUCCAAUAGUACAGUAGUAGAUACAAAAAUACAGAAGAUCAAAAGUAAUUCUGCCAAAGAAGCAAAUGUUCCAGGUUCAGUAGCUGAAGUUCGCCGUGCAAAUGUUCCUAGCCCUAAAGGACAAAAUUCAACAGUUGCCUCUAUUCCUAGCAACAAGAGCAGUAUUAGUAAUUCUAAUUUGAACAGUGCAGUGACUCCAUCCACCUCAAAGUUGUCUGGAUCUGAAACAUUCCUGGAUGUUUUUAAGAGGGAGCAAGGGCUUGUUGAAAAUAUUGUUAUAAAAUCUGAACCUGCAGUUCAACCCUCAGUUAAAAUACCUUUUCCUACCCCCAAGAAACCUCAUACAGGUAAAGCCAGUUCUCACCCAAAAUCACGGAAAGGGCGAGGUCCAGCAGUCCAUGAAGCUUUGCAGCGGAUAUCAACAAAGCGUGCUAUACCAAUUCCAAUCAAGUCGUGGCAUGCUCCAGGAGAAGAACUCUUUGAUUGUGGGCCCUUAGCAGAUAGAAAGGGCUGUAGGCAAGUGGAGAGCAGCAGCAGUGAUGAUGAUGCCAUGCCAGAAUUCGAUUUAAGUAUGGGCCCAGUUUGCGUGGAAGAGACGGCGGCGGAGUCACGAGCGGCAAGACUGGCGUUGCGAAGAGCAGCACUCAGAAGGCAUGUACUGAUAGCAGGCACUGAAAUGCGUUUCACUGGACAUCAUAAAGAGCAGAGGUCACUAGCGACGUUGAUAAAGAAACAACUAAACAGUAGAGGAAGUGGGGGCAACCUGCCUCCACAGACCAUCAAUCAUUUAUUAGCAUUACGCGGUAUGCCCAUGCUGCUAUCAUCAAACGAAAGAAGACAACUCAGGGAGAAUGGUUGGUCCGGUGGUGAGAGUGGGUCGAUGUCUCAUACUUCAAGCGCUUGUUGCGCCGAGGAGCGUUGUUCGGAAGCCCCUCUACCUUGUGGCCAGUACUGCCUAUCGCACGUGACGUUAGCACCUGAGCAGCGGCUAUACGCAGCUUGCGCAGCGGUGUUCGCUGGAGGAGCGCGCUGCAAACAGCCGCUGUUACCGCUGCAAGAUCAGACGCCCCUCUGCCCGGAGCAUGCUUGGAAAAGGGACAAUUACGACAAGCUAGCUCGUGAUUGUCGGCCCAAGAAGACGGUCCGCAAGCGUAUAUGGGCGGCGCCGGCGCGCCCCCCGCGCAAGGCAAAGAGGCGGCGCCGCCCCCCAGUGCGACCCCCGCCCCCGGCGCCCCGCCCUCGCAGCCCCCACGCUAUAGCAGCGCAAACGCCCACCGCCGAACAAAGUCUUUCCGAGAUCAACGUGUGUUCAAAUUCAUCAGCAUAUGACAGUUCCGAAGAUGCCGCUAUGGGAGCGCUAAGUGAAAACGAGUACAUUACAGUGGCGAACUCCUCUCAUGAUUUGGAAGUGGAGGUGGAGCACGCGCCUCACGACGACAUACUCGAUCCGUCGGUACUCAGCCAAAUACCAGAUGAGGCGUUUACGGAGUUCUUCAAUCAAGCGGAAGGCGGCACCAAUUUCGCGGAGAGUUCAGAAUUGGCUGCCGCUUUAGAGGCGGUAUUGGACGAGCGCGUGCUCGACGAGCGGGUAAUGGAAGACAAUAUUACUGAUUCCGUCUUCUUACACACAGCGCAUGCGCAGCUCAAGACCAAGAUUCAAGUUCCAUCAUCGGUGUCCGUGGAAAUGUCAACAAGCGCGCCCUCAUAACAUAGUAGCGUUAUUCUUUAUACUGUAAGCUUAACAACUAUGUACUGUAAACUUUAGGAACAAAUUCGAUAGAUAUUCAUAGUCUCAAGAGUUGAAAAUAUUUUACUUCAUGCUUUAAGUUUUGUAUGUAAGGAAUAUGACAAUGGUAUGAUAUUUUUAAGUGGACUAUAUAAUAUUAGUUGGUAAUGAGUUAUCGCGUACGCUUGGUUCUCUGGCUUUCGAGAGGGUGAUAUGAUGAAUAAGCAACAUUCGUCGAAAACCUAUAUCUGGAUGUUGUUAUGCAAACUAUAACAAAGCAUAUUAUAACGAACUUUUUACUAAAUUAAUUAUUCACAUUACACUUAUUACAUUAUUUCAUGAUCAAACUUAAAAGCUUAUGUGACUUCACUAUCAUGUUUUGUCUUUUCAUUCAAAUAAUUCAAAAUCGGUAAAUAACUGAAAUUGGUCUUAGUAGUUUGUGUUUUUAUACUUUCGUGACAAUUUCUCACUUUCAGCGGUUUAGGUCUAGAUUGAAUAUUGUGGAGUUUAUGUUAGGUAAAAUGAAACAAAUAAUUAGACAAACAUAUAGCCUUACUAGCCUGGCCUAGCACGAACAACUAACGAGAAAGUAUUCGUAUCGCCAUCGUCAAAGUUUCUAGGGCCUGGGUUCCGAACCUGGGGGUAAUUACCCCUCUGGGGGUAAAUUAGCCAUACUUCGGGGGUAACAAAGAACCUAAUUAUUUGGUCAAAUCUAAAUAAUAAGAAAAUACUAUAUAAUAAUACAACUAAAUAGAGCAUGCUAGCGCCUUCUUGCUAGCGAGCCCGCGGGGUGCUGAGUGUGGGAAGCGGGGCGAGAUUUACUCCUGAUGAUGACAUUAUUAGAGACGAAGAUGUAGCUGCCAAAUUGGAAUUUCUUGGACUGAUGAUAACAUUUUAAAGUGGUGGUAAAAUCUGUUUUUUCCUAAUAGGUUAUAGGGGUAGCAGUAUUGGAAAGGUUAGGAAACACUGUUCUAGGGAAACUAAGCAGCGCCCCCUGCCGGACGUAAGCACAAACUAGCUCCUUCCAUAGAAACUUUGACGAUGGCAAUGGCAAUACAUUCUUGCUGGUUGUUCUUGCUUGGGGUACAGUUUAGACGUAAUAAAACUUAGUCUGACCAAAGUUGCAUAACAACAUCCAUUUGAUAUGGAAAGAUAUUAUGCUGUUUUAACGAAUCUGCCAAUUUGUUCCCAAACAUGAAUAAGGUUAAUGCGUAGCAAAGAUAAUAUAGUUUAAAAUUUGGAUAUGUGUCUGAGUUUUUGUUAAUUAGGCGGCAGAUUUUGAAAUUGGAAGUUAACGUGGCCAAGUCGCCCAUACACUGAAGUAAAUUGUUUACAGUAUAUUUUUAAUUUUACAAUGUAGCGAAAAAACUCGGAGACUGCAAAGUAUUUUUAUUGGGAUCUCAGAAAUAAAAUGCUUGAAAUAUGAAUAUUUUAUUACUCUUUAUUUUUUAUUUGAAACCAAAUAUAUACUUUAGUCUGUGCUCGAAGUCUUCGCCUUCGACGUAAUGUAGGCACCAAGGAAGUUAUAUACCUAACGGUAACAGGAAUGCUCACAGGUCUAAUAAAUUGGUCCGAAAGACAGUGAAUAUUUAGCCGGAAUUAUCCUUCUAAUGACAUUGGUGUUGCAAUAUCGUACUCGCGAAAAUACUACUGUAUCCAAUGAAACUUAAAUCUGAUAGAAAAUAGACCUAAAGCUGUUUUGUUUAGUUUUUUUUUUAAUUUUAUUAAUAGCAAGUAAGCAUUUCUGUUACGUCAGGUGUAAGAUUUCUUUGGUGGCACACAGUGUUUACAGAUCUAUCAACUUAUCUGUGCAAAAAAUAAUAUUAUAAAGUAUUUUUUUCUUCUCGAACGAAACUAUCCUUCUUCCAUAGAUAAGUUUGUAGGUGUGUCUUUUUAUUGGGCCUUCGUUGUCGUUGUCAUAGAGUAGAAAAUUGUUAUGAAGUAGAAUCGUGUUGUGUCGUUGGACGAGUGACUAAGUGCAUGUAAUUGUUGUUGGUAAAUUAAGCAGUGCGCGUGAUUUGAAAAUUUGUUCGCAAUCGUUUAAAGUAAUUCACGUUUAAAGUAUGUUUGUUUCUUGUUUGAAACAUCUUCAUAUACAAAACGACAGGUUCCUACAAGUGGAUCAUCCGAUCUUAAAAUAUCGAGAUUUGGCGGCUCGGGCAAUAAAUUAUUUUUCAUUAUUUAUUUCACGUCACAAAUGGUUUGUCACAUUGGUCGAUUUACCGAUCUCAUUUAAUUUAUUUAACAGAUAUCAGUUAAACUUUGUACAGUUUAGUAUUAUUGAUACAUUGAAGUACCUCUUAAAAUCAUUAUUAGGACAUUUCGCAAUGCUACUGUGUCAAAUUAAUUUACAGGCCACAAACAAAUCAACAGCCACAAGAAUAUUAAAAGUAUAAAACGAUCUUCUAAAUAUUAAAAUUGCACUGCCUGUCUUUCAGUGUACAGUCGCCAUCAGAAGUAUUGUAUAGAAGGUUUAUAUAUCACACAGUUACCUAAAAUAUCUUAUAUUUUCUAGCAUUCAAAAAUAUAUACAUUAAAACUGUGAAAUUAUUUCAUGUUACAUAUAAUUACCUAAUGACAAUACUUAAAGAUUUUCUGUUUAAUGACCGCUCUCAGAGAGUAUGUUCGUUUGUUUGUAGCAAUAUCAAAAUCUGUCGGCGACAGUACACAUUGCGCACUGCUAUACGGAAUGAAGUAAUCAGUAUACAAUGAAUGGUCUCUGAAAUGUUUUAACUGUAUUUUCAUACACGACACUGUCAGUGGCAAGUUUAAUGUACAGUGACAUAGCAUACAUCUGUAAUACACAUACAAGGUAGUAUUUUAUAUUUUUGUAAACAUGUCAAAUAUAAUAUAAAGCAUUUACAUUUUAAUGGUGACCGUUGUAUAUAUACCGACCGAAGACGCGUUUUGUUAUGAUCUCGAUUGUAAAUUGCCGGUGUAUGAUUUUUGAGAAGUUUUGCGUAAAGAAUACUUGAUAUCAUAUUAAUUGUAUUGGCAUAGAGUUCGAGAUCAUUAGUUUAUUUUGAAGAUUUGCAUAUUGUCGAUAGUGUAAUUGAGCAAUAACUAGCUUGUAUAAUUAUAUUUAUUGUGUAUAUUUCAUUGCUAUUUACGGUGAAAUGUAAAGGUGUACAAGUUGUUGAGUGUAGGUACUUAUCAGACAUGAUUUUAUUAUAAUUAACUUUCUGUACCGCUAGCACGAACCAAUAUCGAAUUCGUAUCGUUUGCGAGUCCGAAAUGUCAUUGUCAAAUGUGUACUGAUUAUUAGUUCUCGUUACGUACUUUGUGCCGCUGCUGUUCAAGUUUCUAUACAAAAUUUGACAUUGACAUUUCGGUUUGCAAACUAUUGGAAUUCGAUAAUGGUUCGUGCUAGGGGUGGUGUGUCGUAAUAUUAUUUCAAUAUCGUUAGAAAAAUACAAAAAAUCAGGGACGGAGCCAUAUUCUUAGUUUUUAUACCUACACCCCCUUUUAAUAAACCAAGUCUAAGCUUGGAUUAGUUACUCUAUGUUUUUCCUUUGUUCAUUGAAUGACAAAUGGCACUUGAGUGAUAUGAACAAAACAUGGCGUAACUAGUCUAAGCUAAUUCCUCGUUUAUUAAUAACGGGAGACAAUGCUUACACACAUUGUAGGCACAAAAACUCGUGUAUCAAGUUUCUCUUAUUAUUAAUUCGUUGCGUGAUAAUCUUUUGCCGUGCCUAUGCCCAGCCGACAGUGGGCACCGAUCCACAUAUCGAAUAAAAUGAAUGAUAACGGUCUUGGAAUACAAUUUUAUUGACAACUAGCGGCCGCCCGCGUCUUCGUACGCGUGGAGUUAGUUAUUUAGUACCAUCAAUGAAGGCAAAAAACAGCUACAACCUCCGAUUUCGUUGAACUUCCAUCGAUUUUGAUGAAAAUUGGUGAGUAGGUGGGGGAUACCUUAGGAAACAAAAGUGACAUAGUCCCAACUUGCGCUUUUGCUCUGGGGUAGAUGCCACCUUUUCUCGGGGGUGAUAAUUAUUUUAAUAAAAAUAACUCCAGGAAUCGAUAGAGACAAAUUAUAAGCAAAAUUUGUUCUAUAAAGUUUUUGAAAUAAAUCGACACUUUCUGAGUUAUUAGAGAUCAAAGAUUGUGAUUUUUCGUGAUAAAAAAAACAUGUUUUAAAGCGGUUUUUCAUAAAUAACUCAAAAACUACUUUUUCUAAUAUUAAUUCAAAGUGAGCUAUAGGUGUUACGUAUAUAUUUUUUUCAGCGAGUAUUAAAUCUAACUAUUCUAACCUUUUCUCAACUUUUUCAUUUAUCAACCGCAAUAUCUUAUUUAUAACAAUGGCUAAUGCGUUUAGUCAUAGAAGUUAGUGAUUUGAAAAAAUAAUUAAAGUGCUACAAAAACUACACCUUUAUUGUAUAACAUCUGUCUUGAAUUAAUUGUCGAUUCAGCGGCCCAAGUACUAAUUUUGAUAGCUCCGUAAUCCUAUCGCAUAGUCAAAAUUUCCAUGAAAACUAAGCAGCGCCCUUAGCGGACGUAAAAACAAAUUGGGUCCUUCAAUAAAAAAAAAUGAUGAUGAUGAAGAUACGUUAACGGAGCUGUCAAAAUUCGUGUUCGGGCCUCUGGUAUGGUAGUCGCCUAAUAUGAUGUCAAAUAUUCAUUAGAUCACACCCAGCGAUUUGUAUGCCGCUACGUCUAAGUACAGCUUGUUACACAUAUAUCUAUAUUUCAGAACAAUAAUAAUCUUAUUAGCUUAAUCAUAAGUCAGAAAUUAAUAAACCCUCAUAAUUUUAUUUCCAUGGGAUAGUUUCUCAUCGUUGCCGCCUUGUAUCAGUUAAAAAAUUGAAUUGAACACCUAAUUGAAAGUGAAUUAUUUUAUGGUAAAACAUGUUAAUAAAACACUUUUUGAACCGGUAUAAGGGCGAAUUAUCAUUUUUUUAAAUUAGGUAUACACACCGGCAAAUUAAUUUAGCAUCGAGCAAAGACAAGGAAGCCUGCGCAGUAGCAAUUUCACAUACAAAGCCGUCUUCGGCGCAAGUUUACUUGUCUGUGGUUUUGCUCAAGAGAUUCACCGCUACCUAUAUUUUAAAAGUCAGUGACGUUUAAGAUUCUCAACAGACUCUAUGAUAGCAAGACAAA